AUGCGCCUACUUCAGGUCACGGUUCUUGCUCUCCAUGCGGUGUCUGUCGUUGAAGCUGCCACCAAAGUCAGUUGGACUCUUCACAAGUCUUGCUACAGGAAGGUGAAGGAUACCGACGAAAACGGCAAAAGAAUACCCAAAGACGAAUUAUUCAAUAAAGAACUAGCCGGUGCUAUAAUACAAAGUGUCAAUAACGCCAAAGCCUGGGCCAAGAGAGCUGCUUCCAAGAUUACAUUAUCAACUCUCCCAGGCAUCAGUCAAAUAACUAGUCUUCCUACCAAGCUCGCCAUCGCACCUCUUGUUAGCGGGCUAGAAAACUACAACACUGCUGCUAAGGAGAUCAGAGACAGAUUCAACAAGAUUGUAGACAUGGAAGGCCCUGUCGGCAGCGAUGGUGACAAACUGGGCCGCUUCGGACAGUCCAGGGCCUGGAUCGAUCUUGGGAAUAGCGACAAACAUUUCAAUGACUUUAUUAUCACCUGCCGACCAGAAAUUGUCACAGUGCCAGAUCCCGCAGGUGGUCCCUUCGACAAGCCGUACGAUGUGGUGCGGAAAUAUCAUAUGUUCCAGCCUCACACGCUCGAAAAGUUUCUUGAGCAAGAAAACUCUGAGGAAAUUGGUGGAGACUGGGAAAAGGUCCCGACUCCCCGAACAAUGGCGAUUACACAGAGAGACGCCCCUCCAACGGGUGGCCGCAAGAGAAUAGCUGAAUCCAUCAAUUUCCACCCGCUCUGGAUCAAGUUUCAGCGAUCCAGGAACUUUGGGGGUUGGCUUGAGGAUGAUUUCACUGAGGUGACAAAGCCCAACGCGCUUGAAGAUUUUAAGAGCAAGGGUGCAGCGAAAAAGCCUCCUGUUGACACUCGCCCAAUGGAUGGAUUGCUUUCCAAAUCACUCACGGCAAACAUGUUGCAUGAGUAG